AUGGCCCGCGGCGAGACGUACCAGGCGGCCGCCGCCGCUUUAGACGAGGACACGCGAGAAUACUUGAGUGAAGACGAGGGCGAGGACUUCUCCUUCCCCGAGUUUACGGAGGACUGGGGCAAUGUGAUUGUGGUCGACAACCUCCCGAAGAUCCCGCUCGCCAAGUACGACAAAUUAUUGGGCGUCUUGAAGCGCAUCUUCGCGCAGACGGGCACGAUCAACACGAUCGAAAUGCCGGCCGAGAACGAGACGACGCUCGGCGUCGCGUUCGUCGAAUUCGAGACGGCCGAAGAGGCCCAGAAAGCAAUUCGAUUGACCGACGGCUACGCGUUAGAUAAAUCGCAUGUUUUCAAGGUCAACUCCUUCGAGGAGGCGAAGAGGCUAGGCUCCUUACAAGAGCGGUACGAGCCCCCGGCCAAGCCGGAAUUUGUGCCACGACUCAAUCCAUCGAGCUGGUUGGGAGACCCCAUGCACCGGGACCAGUUCGCCAUCCGCUACAACAAUGAAACGGAGAUCAAGUGGUGCGAGCGCAGCGGGCCGCCGACGCUCGAGUACGGCGGCGAGAGAGAAAAGGAGGGCGGUCUCUACUGGUGCGAGCAGUACGUCAAGUGGUCGCCCCAAGGUAGUAUGUUGGCGACGUUCCACAACAAGGGUAUUGCCUUGUGGGGCGACUCGGACUUCAACAAGCAGGGUCGGUUUGCGCACAAUGGGGUGAAGCGACUCGACUUUAGUCCUGGGGAGAACUACAUGAUCACGGCCAAUGAUCACUCCGGGGACAAGCGCGGGGUUGUUGUGUGGGACUUGCGGACGCGACGGGAGUUGCGGACUUUUGAAGUGGCUUCUCUACCAGUCCCGCCCCCGAUCCUCCCCGCGGGCGAGGACCCGGGGCCGGUCAGGUACGAGCCGGCGCACUUCAAGUGGAGUCAUGACGAUUCCUACGUCGCUAGACGAGGCAAGGACAAGAACGGGAGCGAUAUCGUGUCCAUCUAUGAGUUGCCGUCGAUGGCGCUGCUCGGUAAAAGAUCUCUACGAGCCGACGGCGUCCGCGAGUUCCACUGGUCGCCGUCGGCGAACAAACUGGCGUUCUGGUCUCCGGAAGCGGACAACACGCCGGCUCGCGUCACUCUUGUAGAAAUGCCGUCGCGAAAAGAAUUGCGGCAAAAGAACAUCACGUCUGUCACGGACAUCAAGCUCUUCUGGCACCCGCAAGGCAAGUACUUGUGUAUCAAGGUCAUCACCCAUACCAAGUCCCGAAAGACGUUGUUCCACUCCUUUGAGCUACUUAGGGUGGACGAGGCCCUCGUACCCAUCGAGUCGCUGAAGAUGAAAGAUGCCGCUCAUGCUUUUGCGUGGGAGCCGAACGGCCAUCGCUUUGGGGUGGUCCAUGGCGACGGGAUUAAACCGUCUGUCAGUUUCUACUCCAUGCUCAACAAGGCGGGCGAUGCCGAACUUACCUUGCUACAUACGCUCGAGCAGAAGCAGUGCAACUCGUUGCAUUGGUCUCCCCAAGGGCAGCACUGCAUCCUGGCCGGUACGGGCGACGCAUUUAAUGGUAUCUUGGAGUUCUACGACGUCGAUUCCAAGGCUGGCCGCAUCGUCGAACAUUAUCGGUGCAAUUCGAUCGAGUGGGACCCGUCUGGCCGCAUAGUAGCAACAGCAGUAAUGCAGCCGCUGGAGGGCGCCUUCUUCAAGUACCAGAUGGACAAUGGGUUUAAGUUGUGGACGUUCCAAGGCAAGCAGUACCACGAGACGUCGUACGAAAAUUUCUACCAGUUCGCGUGGCGGCCGCGACCUUCGUCGUUGCUCGAUGCGGCUCAAAGAAAAGCCGUCGUCAAGAACCUGCGGAAGUACGAGCGCAAGUUCGCCCACGAGGACAAACAAAAAGAUUUAGCUCGGAUUCGGGAGGCGACGACGGAGAAGCGGGCGACGCGCAAGGCUAUUCGCGAUCUUAUUAAACUGCGGUCGGCGAACUAUGCUGCGGGUAGUGCGGCGCGCAUGCGCAUGCGCAACGGCGUCGACGCGGACGCCGAUGAUUUAUAUGUCAUCUCGACGCGGACGAUCGAGAGCGUCGUGCGCACGAAGGAGGAGGUCGUGAACUAGAGCGUCGUCGGGCGUAAGGUGGGUUUGACUAAUUUUUACGCACUCGCCUCGCGGGCGCGGAGCGCGGCUCGCGCGUCUUGCAAUUCCUUCUCAAUCCCUUUUGUGAGCGGGUGCGCGCCGCCGAGCACGCGCCGCGCGGUCGAUUCGAUAUCGUCAAGUAUGGUCACGGCCUCCCGGAAAUCGUCGAGCGCGGCACCGUUGGCGUUGUAGAGCGCCGCCGCGUAAAUCCACUGCAUCUUAAGGAGGAGUGGCUCGACUUCGAGAGCGUGUCGAAGUCGGCCUUCGUUUCUACCCUGGACAGUUCGCAGGUCUGCCGGUCGCGCGAGGACCUGCAGAAGGCGCACGCGACCUUCAAGAGUGGCUCGCCGUCGGUGCAGCGCGCUUUCGUGCGCACCUACGACUGGCUCACGCCGCUCGUCGACGAGUUGGUCGGCGCUGAGGAUUCGAUGAUGUUUCCCUUGGUCAACUACGCACUCGACCAGGUGAUUGGCGAGGACAGGCAGGAGACGCUGUUCGACGAACGGCGCCUCACGCGGGACGCGUCGACGGCGGAGUUCUACGAGUCCCUCUUCGGGGCCGAGGACGAGGACGACGCGCUGACCAAGCGCCGGGGCGGGUCGUUCCUGAAGCAGGAGCCCGUGACGCCGCUCUCGCCGACGCCCCAAAACACGAACUGCUUCUAA